AUGUACCUCAUUAUGACGGACUCGUACUCGAAGUGGCCAGAAGUCUACGCACUCAACGAAAUUGACGCAAUCAACACAGUCAAUAAGCUGAGAAAUUACGCAUCAAGGUACGGCAUUUCACGGAAAAUAAUUUCAGACAAUGGCAAACAGCUCGACUCUAAAGAGUUUGUAAACUUUUGUGAUCUUAAUGACAUAAAAUACCCGCAGAAUGCACCCUGGCACCUAAAGUCUAAUGGAGCGGCAGAGAAUGCCGUUAGAUCAUUCAAAAGUGGUCUUAAAAAGACGCUGCUCGACCCAAAAAAUUACCAAUUGGGCACGAACACGUUAAUUGCAAGAUAUCUCUUCCCGUAUCGCAACACUCCUUACUGCUACACAGGCGACAGCCCUGCCAAACUGAUGUUCGGAAGGAAGUUGCGCACAUGCUUCGACCUGUUAAAAGAAAGCUCAGUAAUCGAGAAGGACAAACAUAAGAAACUACAAAGAAAAACGUGUAGAAGGAUUUACUCCUGGAGAGCUCGCCUGGGCGAUUGA